AUGAGCCCCUCUGAAGAAGCCCAGAGUGUGACAUCCAGUGAUGAGUCUCCCUCAUCCAACUCCUCCACCCCACCCCCCUCCACCUCCGUAUUCCACGAACCCACGAUCAAAUACCACAUGAGCCUGCUCCCCUCCACACAUAUCAGCGCAACAACCGAGGGUUACGAACAUGCCCCAAUCAUCUCCAGCCACGUUCUCCACGAAGACCAAAAACAUGCCAACCAAAUCACCCAAUACGGCCUCCUCGCAGCCUCAAUCCGUCCAUUGCUUUCCACCAACCCAGACGAACCCGAGAACGACCCACGCCUCUUCUUCAACGUCACCCACCCCUCAAGCACCUUCAUCUGCGGCUCCCAGGGCUCCGGCAAAAGCCACACCCUGUCCUGUCUUCUGGAGAACUGCCUCAUUCCUUCACAGGCCGGAAGACUCACAAACCCUCUAACCGCCGUGGUCUUCCACUACGACACGUUCACCAGCGAUGAGUCGGCUUAUCCGUGCGAAGCAGCGUGGAUUUCCUCUCACCCCGACGUGAAAGUCCGGGUUUUUUGCGCCCCGACUAAUCUAUGGACGAUGCAGGAAACAUAUUCUGAAUUCAACAUCCCCAUCGAACCCCUCCACAUCGACCAACAACACCUCACCACCAAACGCAUGAUGGAUCUAAUGGCCGUAUCGCAAACCGACGGAGAAAUGCCGCUAUACAUGCACACGGUGAAACGCAUCCUCCGCGAAAUGCGUAUCCGUCAACAAGAGACCAAAACGGGGUUUAACUACAACGAAUUCAAGAAACAAGUUCUUGGUUCGGGGUUGACUCCAGCCCAGGUAGCCCCGCUGCAACAGAGACUUGAUACGUUGGAGAGUUUCAUGCCCCAGGCGCAGGUUGCGAGGUGGUCGUCGAGGAAUGUGCAGCAGAAGAAGGAGAAGGGGUCGUCUUGGGAUGCUGUUCCCGGCCAACUAACAAUAGUCGACCUCUCCUGUCCGUGCAUAUCCCCCGAAACAGCCUGCUCGUUAUUUAACAUCUGUCUGGGGAUAUUUCUCAAGCCGGACCCCGAGGGGAUAGGAAGAGUGGUGGCCCUAGACGAAGCACAUAAGUACAUGACAACCACCCCGGAAUCGCAACUCUUCACCGAAACCCUCCUCUCCACUGUGCGUCUCCAGCGGCAUCUCGGAGCGAGAGUAAUCAUUUCUACCCAGGAACCCACUAUCUCCACCACAUUGUUGAAUCUUUGUUCUGUUAUUGUUGUGCAUCGGUUUACGUCCCCGGAGUGGUUGAGGAUUUUAACUAGACAUGUUGCGGGGGCGGUGAGGGGGGCGUUUACAUCUAGAACCAACCCUAAUUGUAAACCCGUGGGUGGAGAGGAGGAGGAAGAGGUGGCUACUUCGCUGUUUGAGGAUAUUGUCAGACUAGGGGUUGGGGAGGCGUUGGUGUUUGCGCCGAAUGCGGUUGUGGGGACAGGCAUGAGGAAGUUGGGGGAGGGUGUGUUGGGGGUUAAGGUGAGAGCGAGGCUGACGGAGGAUGGGGGGAGGAGUUUGCUUUCGGGGUGA